GCUACUUUGGAACAAGAUAUUAACCUGUAGGCUAGCCAAACACCGACUGAUUACAUUCUGCGGCAAUCAACCAGGAUGGCAACCCCUUGUUGGUGUUUUCUCUCAUCUCUCUUGUUUGCCAUGGUCGCAGUGACCCAGACUGUUGAUGCCAUCACGGAAUCAAUCAAGAAUACUGCAGUCAGAGGAUACUACAGUGAGCUAUGACCGCUCCAUCUCCUCAGUAACUACUGUGACAAGGGAAGAACACUCUUCUCCACCCUCUCUACCCUCUGACCUACAGGAAGACAGCAGUUUAGAUAAGAAUGUGGUCUCUAUCCUGGGCAGGGAAUUUUUUCACUGGGAUGAUUGGGAGUCUGCGAGACUGAUGGAAAAGAAAAACAGGCAGCACAUAAAGAGCUCUAGCAAUGGGAAGCAGGCAAUGCAUCUUCAAACAAUCAUCAGCUGUGAACAUCAUUUGGACUGUGUGCCAGGUUCAUGCUGCAACCUCAGAAAACACAUGUGCGAAGUUCAGAAUCGAGGCCUCAACAACAAGUGCUAUGACAACUGUAUGUGUAAAAGGGGGUUCCAGUGCUUGGCUAAGCUUCACCACAAUGAUCGUGUAAUCCAAAAAAAGGGAAGGUGUGUUCAUCCUGAGGAUAUAAACAUCAGUCACAGGAUCUUCACUGCCAUCUGAAAAGUUUUAUAUUGUCAGUAAUUUCCCAAAUUCAAAUGUGUUUGUCUAGUGUUUUAAUAUUUUUUGUGUGUUGUGUAAUGAACCCAUUUGUCAUUUAAACACAUUUGUGAUCACAUUUAUCAUUUUGUAACACUAGUAAUAUUGCUGGUAUCACUGCAGCUUUCCACAGAAUGGCUGGGAUUUAGAAA